AUGGCGGCGCGGGGCGGCGGCGCGGGGCGGGCGCAGGGACCCUCGGCCGGCGGGGCGGGCGGUGCUGGGGGUGCCGCGGAGCCCGACGCGCCGCGGCCCGGGAGGGUCCCGCGCCCCGGGGAUGGCUCCACGCUGCUGCACCCCGACGAGGUCUCGGCGCGGCUGCAGCGGAUGCGGCGGGAGCUGAGCAACCGCAGGAAGAUCCUGGUGAGAAACCUGCCCCAAGACAGCGGCUGCCAGGAAGUUCAUGAGUUAUUAAAAGACUAUGAGUUAAAGUAUUGUUAUGUGGACAGAAAUAAACGAACAGCUUUUGUUACCUUGCUGAAUGGGGAACAAGCACAGAGUGCAAUUCAGAUGUUUCACCAGUACUCUUUCCGAGGCAAAGAGUUAGUGGUCCAGCUCCAGCCAACAGAUGCCCUGCUGUGUAUCACCAACCUGCCCAUUUCUUUUACAUUAGAAAAGUUUGAAGAACUUGUUCGUGCUUAUGGAAACAUCGAGAGGUGUUUUCUGGUCUACAGUGAAGUUACCGGCCAUUCCAAGGGCUAUGGCUUUGUAGAGUACAUGAAGAAGGACUUCGCUGCCAAGGCCAGACUGGAACUGUUGGGCAGGCAGUUGGGAGCAUCAGUACUCUUUGCUCAGUGGAUGGAUGUUAAUCUGCUGGCCUCUGAGCUCAUUCAUUCUAAGUGCCUUUGCAUAGACAAACUCCCAGCUGACUACAGGGAUUCAGAAGAACUGUGGCAGUUUUUUUCCAGUAUCCAUAAACCUGUGUUUUGUCAGCUUGCACAGGAUGAAGGGAGCCACGUUGGUGGCUUUGCAGUAGUGGAAUACAGCUCUGCAGAGCAGGCGGAGGAAGUACAGCAGGCCACGGAUGGCAUGACCAUCAAGGGAGGCCUGGUCCAAGUGUCCUUCUGCGCCCCUGGAGCUCCAGGCCGGAGCACAUUAGCAGCUCUGAUAGCUGCUCAGCAUGUGAUGCACAGUAACCAAAAGGGAUUACUUCCAGAGCCAAACCCAGUACAAAUUAUGAAAAGUUUAAGCAAUCCUGCCAUGUUGCAAGUUCUUCUGCAGCCCUCGUUACGUGGACGAGCAGUCAAACCUGCGAUCCUUGGAACACCUCACAGCUUGCCUCACCUGAUGGGUCCAUCCCUCCCCUCUGUGCUGUUGCCCUUGAGUAAAGCACAGCAGAGUUCAGCUGUGGGUGGUGCCUCGAGUUUCCUGCUGCAGGGUCUCUCUCCUCUGCCCUUGGCACAGCAGCAGUUAGUGAAAUUUGAGAGUGUGCACACUAACAAUAAGCCGGGCUUACUGGGAGAGCCUCCCACCAUGGCUCUACAGCCGGCACUGGCCUUAGGAUCGACGCUUCCCCUGAAGACAGAUCUGGGACAACCUGGAGAAGCACACAAAGCAUCUAACCUGACUCCAACGCAAACACUGGCUGCUGGGCUGGGCGUGUUACCAGUCUUAUCAAGUCAGUUUACUGCUGGACAGGUUGGGCCGGGGCAUGGAAGCUCGCAGGAGGAACAGGCUGCCCUGGUGGGGGUCACAGAAGGAGGUUUUUCAGGGUCACAGCAUUAUCUUCAAGGCUUCCCGGGCCUUCCAGCUGGAGGCCGGCUGACAGGACCUCCCAAGACUUCACAAAGCCAGCCAAAGGCAGAGACUGCCUCCAAGAACCAGACUUCACUCCUGGGAGAACCACCAAAAGAAAUUCGACUCAGUAAAAAUCCAUAUCUGAAUUUGGCAAGUGUAUUACCCAGUGUGUGCCUGUCAUCAGCUUCUAGUAAAACCACUGUACCUAAGACUGGAAUCGCAGGCAGCAUUCUGGAUGUGAUCUCUCAGGGAAGUGAACCCCAGCACACACUGGAGAAGUGCAUGGCUUAUCCUCCAACUUUUGGUGACUAUAUACAGGUGUCCUCUUUAAGAAAUGAAAAGCGAGGCUCGGCCUAUCUCAUCUCUGCUCCAGAAGGUGGCACUGUGGAGCUUGUGGACCAGCAUCCUCAGGGCACAAGUGCAUGUUACACAGAAGCUUAUCUGAAGAAGAAGCGUGUGUACUAAGUUCAUGACUCCCGAAGGUCCUCCCAGGAUCUCUGCCGUGCAUCACUGCCUUAACGUUGUUCACACUAGCCAUAUCCUCUCAAUACGGGUCUCUAGCUUCCCAGAGGGAACUAUGUUGUGCAGUAGGCAGAAUAGCCAAACAAGUAGCAAUAAGAACAGACAUCAACUGAGUAGAAAUAGAUAUGUCUUAAUCCAUGUGAUAGUAAUUCAUAGUCCAUGGGAGAAACAGCAUUUCAACAUCCAAUAUCUUGUUUUAGGCCUGGGAACAACUUUGACAUCACAUACAAAAGUCUGAAGCAAUAAAUAGGAAACAGUUGUUUCUUAGCCUUAGAAUGAAUUGCUUAUAAGCCAAUGUGCAUUUCACUUUCUCUCCCUAGAAGUGAUCUCUUGUAGACAUGGAAGGCCUCUCCAGAAUUGUAAGGGUCCAAGUACCAAGCAUGGUGACAUGACACUAAAUAGCUAUUCUUUGUGCGAGUUCCUUUUCCCCCUUACCAAGCUACACAAUACUGGACCUGACAUCAGAGUGAGAGUGAUGCCUAAGAAUUUGCUACCGCAGACUUUGACUUUCAUGGCAUUAUAAUUUAUACCUUUUGUGGGGGGAGGGAAGGUACUGCAGAAAAGCAGCUUUGGUACCCUAGCGCUACAUGUACUCUACCACCUAUCUCUGUGCUGCCUGCAAAUGAGGCUUCAAUUUUUAAAUGGCUAGGGGUAAGUGACUGAAUGACAACUUAUGACAUGAAACAAGAAAUUCAACUUUCAGUGUUCACAAGAGUUUUAUGGGAACACAACCAUCUUUCAUUCAUUUGCAUGUUAUCUAGUGACUUUUGUGCCACAGUGGGACUAAAUAGUUUCAACAGAGGCCAUAUAGCCUGCUAAGCCAAAUGAUUUACUAUCUGGCCUUUCAGAGAGAACAUUUUCUGACCACAUGGAACUAAUCCACUAUUCCUUUCAUUUCAAUUGAGAGAAUUUUUUACCUUUGAGACAGACUUGUGGCAAGGAAGCAGGGCUUCUGCACACUCACAGCACACACUGGUGACGAUCUGACAGUCUUUGUGUUCACAGCACACACUGGUGAUGGUCUGGCAGACAGGGCCAUUUCCAUCACUAUAGGUUUAUUGCCAUGAUAUGGCAGAACAGUCAGUACCACCCUUUCUAUAGGAGUCUAUAUAAUACUUAGAACCAUUUUGAGCUAAUAAGCUAUACCUCAUUAUUCUAGCUUAUCCUCAUUCUUUGGUAGUGUUUUAGGUUACAAAAUACCAGCUAUUUAAUCUAAUUUACUUCUGAAAGAUGUUUAUUAUUGUGACUUCUGAUAUUACCAUUUCCUAAAGAUCUUGGAAUUAACUGCAUGAGAAACCUUUUGCCAUCUAAGAAAUUUCCAAAUUUGUUCACUGUCAUGAGUCUAUAAUUUGUUGGAAUUUGGGAUCUCAAUGAUCCUACUGUUUAGGAUGUGAUCAUGAAAAUAGCUUGUCAUUUUGGGAUCUCACUGUUUUUGACUAUGACAUAGAUAUCCUAUUUUAAUUAUAAAAUCUAAAGCUGAUAAAUAUCUUAUAUGCUGUGUAAAGAAUUUUACUUGGUCUAAUUUAUUGCACAUACAAACCUUUGUUGAAAAAUGACAACCAGAAAGUUAAACUAAGACAAUCUAAGCAUACUACCUAUAAAUGAUUAAUAGGCAUCCCGUUCCCAGCUGAUGGCUAAGGGCUUCUCCAUGCUCUGCACUUCCCCUGCUCAUUUUCCUCCUGAAUCUCCAGUACUUAGUUGUACCUUUACUCUCAGAAGAUGGAAAAAUGGUGAAAUCUGUGAUUGAGCUACAAAGCAAGAGGUUGAAAGCACUUAUACAAGAAUGCUUUGUAUUAAAGCACAUCCAUCCAUCCCAGCCAGUGCCCCACUGUCACUGCCAAGGGGUGUUAGUACAGAACCAUCACUCAGCCACUCCCUCAGAAAUCUCUAUUAUUAUUUUUCUAUAUAGGCUAAUGAUUUGGAAUGCUUUAAAAAUGAACUUGAUAUUAAAAGGCACAUGCAUGUAAAA